AUGUCGAAUUUUCCCACCGACCCAACCCAAUGGCACUCUCAUGGAGCACAAUUGAACUAUGGCUACACCGCGCCAUUGGCUCACAACCAAGUCGUCUUCGGCAACACGCCAAGAGAUAUCGCUUCUCGUAGCAUUGCCCCGGAGGCGGGUCGUGGCGGAGGAUCUCCCGCGAUAGCCCCCUCCGUCAACAGGCUUGCGCCUAAUGGAAGUUGUUCGCCAAGUGAGAUACAGCCACGCAUCCAGCGCAUGAAUCCGGAGGAGCUUGACAUUGCGUACAGGCAAGAGCGGCAGCGUAGGAGGUUGCUCGACCGGCACCGUCGUCAGAAUCUGCGCUCCGAGGGACUACAACGCAGGACCUCGCAUGUCCAGCCUUCGGACUCGCAAACAACUACUCUCGCGAUUCGCGGUAAUGCGAAGGAACAACCUGGUGGCGUCGAACAGAGGCAGGGCCGAACCCUGCACUUACACGGGUCGCUGAGCAACGCUCACAUCCCCCACAUGUACAAUGGCUCUGAGAGCCAAAACAGUUAUACUGACGGGCAGAAUGUCAUUGAGCAGCCACAGUGCCUGAGCUUCCCGGGGCUACGAAUAGCCCCGGAGGAUGGGGUGUUCUCCGGCACGCAAGGGAACGCUUCGAGGCCAAAUAUGCCCACGAGCGCUCUGGAAGCCUCCGAUCAGCUAUGCUCCCCGAGUUCGGAACCUGCAACACACACUGAUAAGAAUUGGGCUCCCAGCUCGUCGAAUCCAGUUCGCGCAUCUCGCUGCUACUCUGAAGGGCAGCAUGAUCUCGCCUCGCUCUCAUUCCCACAAGAUUCUCGAACCCAGACCUCGCAUUCCCAACGCCCUACCUCCCAUCAGGCCUACAGCAGCGUGCACGACGGGGCCCAGGGAGCCCCCUACAACCUACUGAGCCCUCCACCCCAGCCCCAACAAAGGCAGCCUAGCUACCCGGGCAACCACUACCAAGUCGAAGACCAGCAAACUGACUUCGACGCUACGCAGAGCUUCUCACCUCCCGCUACCUUCGGGUCGCAGCACCGCUCCCCAUCCGCCCAAUGGCCCCAGGAGACGCGGUCGCCCUACCCAGACAUGGACAUGCAGAACCUCGACCCCAGCCUCAGGGACAACGGACCGCACCCCUUCGAUUCCCCCAUGGACACCAUGCCCACCGGGUCGAACUUCCAUCACGGCACCUUCGCCGGCUUCGGCACACAGCGCCCACGCCCCAUGCCACAGCCACAGGAAAGGCAGCUCACCCGGCCCCCGGGUCCCGUGCCUAUUUUCCCAACCCUCGUCCCGCUGCUCACGGCGAGGACACCCAGGCAUCCCAACCCUUUUCCGUUCUACCUCGUCGGGCGACACAGAGCGCCGGGGUAUCCAACUGUCUCCAUCCCCAACCUCAACCCCAACAACCCCUUCGCGCAGAACACGGAGGGUCAGGGGCAAAGAGGAGCAGAGGCGGGCCCUAACUCUGCCGGUUUCUACAGCCCCCAGGCCCAGAAUACGGGGCCGCAUGCUCAAAGAGAAGCCGGCGCGCAGGCCGCUCCUGAAGCUUUAUACAGCUCCUACGCCCAGAACACGGAAGCUCAUGCUCAAAGAGAAGCGGAGGCGUUCUACAACCCGUACGCUGCCCAGAACACUGACGGUCAGGGGCAACGAGAAGCGGAGGCUAGGCCCAGCGCCCCGGCUCCCUUCGACCCCUAUACGCAGCACCCGCAACGAGAAGCGCAGGCGCAGACAGCUCCCGAAGCGUUCUACCACGUCGAUGCCCAGCGCGCGCAAAGCGAAGCGCAGGCGCAGGCGCAGUCUGAAGCUCUCUUCAACAAACUCCUCGACGACAUUGCCGCUCCUGCUCAAAACGACGCGGAGGCAGGAUCGCAGGCGCCUCUUGACGGUUUCUACGGAACCUACCCCGAGAACGCGGAUGCUGAUGCGCAAAGAGAAGCGGAGGCGAUAUUGCAGGGGGCGCUUGGCCAGUUCAACGGCCACCAGGGUGCGGAAGCGUCGAUGCAGACAAACCCGGCCCCCGCCCCGGCCCCGGCAACUGAUGCUGCUAGCGAGGGCUCGUUCAACGACUCUGCGUACGGGCGGAGCUUGCAAGCGAGUAAUUCGAAUUCGACGUGGGAGAAUGACCCGUUUUUUCUCGACGUGGGUUCGGGCCAAGAGCAAGAGGGGGAUGAAUUCCUGCUGCUGCAGCAGGGGAUGCAGACGCCAGAUGCCAUGGAGGAGCGGCCGGCUGGUGGGCUAGAGAGGAUGGAUUUUUAA